AUGAGCAAGCAAACUUACAACGUCGUCGUCCUCCCCGGUGACGGUAUCGGCCCCGAGGUCGUCGAGCAAGCCACGCGCGUUCUCGAGCUCAUCUCGUCCAAGAGCGACACCUUCUCCAUCUCUCUCAAGUCGUACGACUUCGGUGGGUGCGCCAUCGACUCCGCGGGCAAGCCUUUGCCCGAUGACACGCUCGCAGCAUGCAAGGAGGCCGAUGCGAUCCUCAUGGGUUCCGUCGGCGGUCCCAAGUGGGGAGUGGGCAAGGUGCGACCGGAGCAGGGCCUUCUCGCUCUGCGCAAGGAGUUGGACCUCUACGCCAACAUCCGACCGUGCCUGUUCCCCUCCGAGUCGCUGCUCUCGCACUCGCCGCUCAAGCCCGAAGUUGCCAAGGGCGUGUCCUUCAUUGUCGUGCGCGAGCUCGUCAAGGGUCUCUACUUCGGUGAUCGUCAGGAGGCCAACCUGGAAGACGGCUCCGACGGCGCCGCCUUCGAUACCAUGGUGUACAACCGUCACGAUGUCGAACGCAUCACCAAGCUCGGUGCCUACCUCGCACUCCAAUCCAACCCCCCUGCGCCCCUCCACUCGAUCGACAAGGCCAACGUCCUCGCCACUUCCCGACUGUGGCGUCGCGUCGUGCAGGACACCGUCGACUCCCAGUUCGCCAGCCAAGGCAUCACCGUCGACCAUCAGCUCGUCGACUCCGCUUCCAUGGUCAUGGUUUCCAACCCUCGAAAGCUCAAUGGCAUCAUUCUCACCGAAAACAUGUUCGGUGACAUUCUCUCGGACGAAUCCUCCGUCAUCCCCGGUGCGCUUGGUCUGCUCCCCUCCGCCUCCCUCUCCGGUCUCCCCGAUGGCAAAGGCAAGUGCAAUGGGCUGUACGAACCAAUUCACGGUUCAGCACCCGACAUUGCCGGGAAGGGCAUCGCCAACCCCGUAGGCACGAUUCUCAGCGCAGCCAUGUUGCUCAGGUACUCGCUCAACCAGGGAGAGCUCGCAGACAAGGUCGAGGCGGCCGUGCGCAAGGUGUUGGACGCCAAGGAUGUGGGUGGACACGAGCUGAGGACGGCCGAUCUGGGCGGCAAGCACGGAAGCAAGGAUGUAGGUGAUAAGGUCGUCGAGGUGCUCGAGAGUCUGCUUUAA